AGCCGGCAGUCAUCUAUCUCCUCUCUGCCUCGCCCUCCCUCCCUCCUUCCCUCCUUUCCCCUCUGCACUGCAUUGAGAGAAGCAUGUGGAGGAGAAUUGUAAAUGUGCUGUGCUCUGAGUGUGUGUGCAGCGAGAGCGUUUCAGAGAAGAAGAGCCGAAGCUAGGAGAGGGAGAGAACACGAAUGCAAGAGGGGAGCGCCUGCCUCACUUCCCUUGUCAUAGCGUGCGGGCGUGUGAAUGUGUGUGUGAGCAGUGCGUGUGCCCGCUGCAAUGCUGAAUAAGGACAAUCGCUGCUGCCUCCGCCCCCCCGCGCCAGGAUGAUGUAGCGGCCCAGGCUAGUGUCGCUUCUCGGGGAGCGCCGGGCCUGCAGAGCAGAGAGGAGAGAGAGGGGGAUGAAGGGCCGGGGCUGCUGGGAACCAGGGACGGUCCGCUCCUUCUGCAACUCGGGCUGUCUCAGUAAACUGAACCAGGGUCAGUACAGCAGCUACAGCUCAGCCUCAGGAGGAGACAGCCUCCACACUCCUCUCACACCACCCCGGAGGAAAACUUCGGCCUGCCACCUCCUCCACCUCGUAUGCCUCGGAGAUGACUCAGGGGACGAGGAGCCCACGACCCAGUCGGACCGCAGUGAGGGGAUCCAGGGCACUCUGAAGACCCUGAUCAGCAAGCUUGAUGACCUCAGCACGUGUAACGACCUAAUCGCCAAGCAUGGGGCGGCCCUGCAGCGCUCUCUGAGUGAACUUGAGGCGCUGAGAGUCCCAGUGGAGGGAGGAGAGAAGAUCAAGGGCGUCAAUGAACGAGCCACCCUCUUCCGCAUCACCUCGAAUGCUAUGAUCAAUGCGUGUCGCGACUUCCUGGACCUAGCGGAGACCCACAGUAGGAGAUGGCAGCGGGCGCUGCAGUAUGAGAGAGAGCAGCGUAUUCACCUGGAGGAGACCAUAGAGCAGCUAGCCAAGCAACACAACAGUCUGGAGAGAGCCUGGAGAGAGGCCCCCACACUCUCCGUCAACACACCCAGCUCCCCCACCACCAAGAAGGGAGGGAGUGAGAGGCCUCAGAAAGGGGAGGCGAGUGAUGAAGAUGAGGAUACGGAAUACUUUGACGCCAUGGAGGACUCCCCUGCCUUUAUCACCGUAACCGCCACUGAGAAAACACAGCACAGGUGUUCUCAGAGUAACCUGUGUGGAGCGAGUGGAGGCCAUUCCAAUGAUUGGAACCAGGACAAUGUGUCUCCUAGCUGUAAGGAUUCCGGGAAGGAGCUGCAGCCCCUCCGAAGGAGGCGGAGCCGCAUCCCAGACAAGCCCAACUACUCCCUCAACCUGUGGAGCAUCAUGAAGAACUGCAUCGGCAAGGAGCUCUCCAAGAUCCCCAUGCCUGUGAACUUCAACGAGCCUCUGUCCAUGCUGCAGCGGCUGACAGAGGACCUGGAGUACCAUGAGCUGCUGGACAAGGCGGCGCGCUGCGAGAGCUCCCUGGAGCAGCUGUGUCUGGUGGCAGCCUUCUCUGUGUCCUCCUACUCCACCACCGUCCACCGCACGGCCAAGCCCUUCAACCCCCUGCUGGGGGAGACCUACGAGCUGGACCGGCUGGACGACUUGGGCUACCGCUCGCUGUGUGAGCAGGUGAGCCAUCACCCCCCAGCAGCAGCUCACCAUGUGAUUUCUCAGCGAGGCUGGACCCUCUGGCAGCAAAUCACCAUAUCCAGCAAGUUCCGUGGCAAAUACCUCUCCAUAAUGCCUCUGGGUGCCAUUCACCUGCAGUUCCACUCCAGUGAGAACCACUAUGUGUGGAGGAAGGUAAUCUCCACCGUGCACAACAUCAUCGUGGGCAAGCUGUGGAUUGACCAGUCAGGGGACAUUGAGAUAGUCAACCACAGGACCAAGGAGACGUGCCAGCUCAAGUUCUCCCCCUACAGCUAUUUCUCCAGGGAUGUCCCACGCAAGGUGACAGGGGUGGUGUCAGACAGUGGAGGGCAGGCCCACUACAUCCUGUCUGGCACGUGGGACGAUAAGAUCGAGAGCUCCAAGAUCGUCCAGAGCAGCAAAGGGGGCAGCGGCUCCGAGGGCAAGCAGAAGACUGUCUACCAGACCCUGUCCCCCAAACUACUGUGGAAGAAAUACCCUCUCCCGGAUAACGCUGAGAACAUGUACUUCUUCUCCUCGCUGGCGCUGACGUUGAAUGAGCCGGAGGAUGGGGUGGGGCUGACGGACAGCCGGCUGAGACCGGACCAGAGGCUGAUGGAGGCAGGGAGAUGGGAUGAGGCCAACUCUGAGAAACAGAGAUUAGAGGAGAAACAGAGAGCUGUGAGGAGGAGGAGAGAGGCAGAGGCCACAGACGCACUGGACAACGAGUGUGAUUAUGAUGACUCUGGUCGAGAGUAUGAGGGCUUCCAGCCACAGUGGUUCCACAAGAGGAAGAACGCCAUCACUGGGGAGACAACCUUUGUGUACAAGGGUGGAUACUGGGAGGCUAAGGACAGUCAGGACUGGAGUACGUGCUCUGAAAUCUUCUAAGCCUAGACCAGACCCAUCCUACCCCAUCACUGGACUCACCCAGGCCCAGGAGACUGCUCCACCACUGGCCCUGGAGGAAUGGGGGUCUGGGUCUGGAUGUGGACCUCUGUGUGCAUGAGAAUGUGAAUGUCUCACACACUCACAACACAGUGUACCUCCCCAUGUACACACAGAGGUCAUAUUUUUUACAGGGUCAAGGGAGAGAAGGGGCCUUUUCUAGAUCCUUCCUGACCUAACACUGAGCUGUGUGGGGGUGUGUGAGAGAGAUGGGAGAUUGAAUACCAUAGAAAAGGGGCCCCAUAAAGAUUUUCAAAAGAAUCAGGUGCUCCACACACACUACCCACAAUGCACCUUUCCUCUGCUCAGCACAUCUGUUUCUAGGGGUUUAAGUGAUUGAACAGCAACCCAUCUAAAUCAGUUCUCUCCUCCACUUGUAUACUGGGAUGAGAUGAAGUCCAUCCUGUCUAACGGAUGGACGGACAGACUGAGAGACUGAGAGACAAAAAGAAUGCUUCAGAAGUUUAUAGAAAGACAGUGUAUGUAUGUAGUAUAUAUAUAUAUAAUACAGUACCAGUCUAAAGUUUCGACACACCUACUCAUUCACACCUACUCAUUUCUUUAUUUUUACUAUUUUCUACAUUAUAAAAUAAUAGUGAAGACAUCAAAACUAUGAAAUAACACAUAUGGAAUCAUGUAGUAACAAAAAAAGUGUUAAAUAAAUCAAAAUAUAUUUUAUAUUUAAGAUUCUUCAACACUUUGCCCUUCACCCUUUGCCUUGAUGACAGCUUUGUACACUCUUGGCAUUCUCUCAAGCAGCUUCACCUGGAAUGCUUUACCAACAGUCUUGAAGGAGUUCCCACAUGCUGAGCACUUGUUGGCUGCUUUUCCUUCACUCUGCGGUCCAACUCAUCUCAAACCAUCUCAAUUGGGUUGAGGUCGGGUGAUUGUGGAUGCCAGGUCAUCUGAUGCAGCACUCCAUCACUCUCCUUGGUCAAAUAGCCCUUACACAGCCUGGAGGUAUGUUUUGGGUCAUUGUCCUUUUGAAAAACAAAUGAUAGUCCCACUAAGCGCAAACCAGAUGGGAUGGCGUAUCGCUGCAGAAUGCUGUGGUAGCCGUGCUGGUUAAGUGUGCCUUGAAUUCUAAAUAAAUGACAGUGUCACCAGCAAAUCACCCCCACGCCAUCACACCUCCUCAUCCAUGCUUUACAGUGGGAACCACACAUGCGGAGAUCAUCCGUUCACCUACUCUGCGUCUCACAAAGACACGGGUUGGAACCAAAAAUUGCAAAUUUGUGCUCAUCAGACCAAUGGACUCAUCAGAUCAAAUGUCCAUUGCUCGUGUUUCUUGGUCCAAGCAAGUCUCUUCUUCUUAUAAGUAUCCUUUAGUAGUGGUUUCUUUACAGCAAUUCGACCACGAAGGCCUGAUUCACUCAGUCUCCUCUGAACAGUUGAUAUUGAGAUGUGUCUGUUAUUUGAACUCUGAAGUAUUUAUUUGGGCUGCAAUCUGUUAACUCAAAUUAACUUAACCUCUGCAGCAGAGGUAACUCUGGGUCUUCCUUUCCUGUGGCGGUCCUCAUGAGAGCCAGUUUCAUCAUAGCGCUUGAGGGUUUUUGUGACUGCACUUAAAGAAACUUUCAAAGUUCUUGAAAUUUUCCGGAUUGAUUGGCCUUCAUGUCUUAAAGUAAUGAUGGACUGUCGUUUCUCUUUUCUUAUUUGAUCUUGCCAUAAUAUGAACUUGGUAUUUUACCAAAUAGGGCUAUCUUCUGUAUACCACCCCUGCCUUGUCACAACACAACUGGUUGGCUCAAACGCAUUAAGAAUUAAAGAAAUUUCAUAAAUUUACUUUUAACAAGGCACACCUGUUAAUUGAAAUGCAUUCCAGGUGACUACCUGCUGGUUGAGAGAAAAGCUGGUUGAGAGAAUUCCAAGAGUGUGCAAAGCUGUCAUCAAGGCAGCUACUUUGAAGAAUCUCAAAUAUAUAUAAUAUAUUUGGAUUUGUUUAACACUUUUUUGGUUAUUGCAUGAUUCCAUAUGUGUUAUUUCAUAGUUUUGAUGUCUUCACUAUUAUUCUACAAUGUAGAAAAUAGUAAAAAUAAAGAAAAACCCUUGAAUGAGUAGGUGUGUCCAAACUUUUUACUGGUAGUGUGUGUGUGUAUGUAUAUGUAUAUGUGUGUGUGUGUGUGUGUGUGUGUGUGUGUGUGUGUGUGUGUGUGUAUGUAUGUAUGUAUGUAUGUAUGUAUGUAUGUAUGUAUGUAUGUAUGUAUGUAUGUAUGUAUGUAUGUAUGUAUGUAUGUAUGUAUAUAUAUAUAUAUAUAUAUAUAUAUAUAUAUAUAUAUAUAUAUAUAUAUAUAUAUAUAUAUAUAUAUAUAUAUAUAUAUAUAUAUAUAUAUAUAUAUAUAACGAUACCCAUUUUAGCCAUAUAUAUAUUUAUUUUUAGGAACUCAGUCAGGGUCUCAAUUUACUAAUGAGAGAAAUAAUAGAAUACACCAGGUGCAAUUUCAAAAUGUGGUUGUGCAUCAGCAGUUUUUAACUUCUUAUGUCAGUCACUGACAAUCACUCAAUUAGCCAUGUCAGCUAACAAUUUUAGAUUGUUAGCUAGUCUAGCCAGCUAUCUAGUAAUCAUGGUCGUAAUCAUGGUCGAAUACUGACCGGGCACACAAGGCAUUUGCCCAGGGGCCCUGACUUCCAGGUGGCCCCCAUUUGAUUUUGUUAGUCAUUCUCGCUCAGAUAUCAUAUUAACAUGGCAUUCAAACUGAAAAGAUUUCUCUCCACCCUAUGGCAAAAUGGGUAGAAUUGCUGGAAAUGUGUUGUUAAACUGCAACAUUUUCUCUCUGCCCCAUGGAACAAUGUGUAGAAUUGCAGGAAAUUAACUUUAAAAUUAACAUUUGUCUCUACACCGUUAAGUGGGGGAUAGGGCUGGGCGAUAUAUCAAAUUAAUUAGAUACAUUCGAAUGUAUGUUUUUGCGCAAUAUUCCAAAUGCCUGUUAUCACAAGAAUAUUUUUUGAUUUUAUGAGCGUU